AACAGUAUUUAUGUUGGAUUUUUUAGAUUGAUUAUUUGAAUAUCUGCACAAUCCUCUAUGAUGUUUUCAAUACCCAUGAUUAUGUGUCCGUUUUGGUGUGACAGUGUCGAUUCUUCUACAGAUCGUGUAGGUUUUUGUAUUUUCAGUUCCUCUUUGCACAUGAUGUGAUUUGGGCAUGUGACAGUGUCUGUCUUUUUUUCUGGUCUACCAGCUCACUCCAUCUCUCAUCUGCAGUACAUUCAAAAUUCUGCUGCCAGAAUAUUAACUUCCACUAAAAAUGUGCCCACAUCACUCCUAUCCUAUUUAAUCUUCACUGGUUGCCUGUAUCAUCUCGUGUUAUAUACAUUCUCCUGCUCACCUUCCAGUCACUUAAUGGUCUUGCUCCCUCCUAUCUUUCUGAUCUACUCUCUCCCUAUAUUCCUUCCCGCUCACUCCGGUCUUGAAGUUCUGAACUUCUUUGUGCCUAGGUUCUGUUUAUCUUCAAUGGUGGCAGGUCUUUUUCUGUCAUGGCACCCAAACUUUGGAACUCGCUUCACUUGGCGCUCAGAACAAUGACCUCUUUCAGCGAAUUUAAAUCAAAGCUAAAAACAUAUUUGCUCACUCAACACUAUCAGUUAUAAUGUGUAUUCUUCUUUAAAUUAUAUUUCUCACCCGGAUGUCACCAAGAAUGUAGACAAUACUACUAAUCGCAUUGUGUAUUUGUGUAUUUGUCCUAUAUGUAUUCCCUUUUCUUUUCUUUUUUUUUUUUUUUGCCUACUUUCUGUGUUGUCUUCAUGACACAAUGUUAUGUUUCUUUCCUAUGAUUUAAAGUUUACUCAACUUCUAUUAUAUCAUAAAACUGCAUUAUCCAUGACUUCUGGACUGGGCAAAUGUCCAUCGCCCAUUUAAUUGUUACCUCUUUAUUGAUUAUUUGUUGUAUCAUGGUACCUUGUAAAGUGUCCUUGAGCCUGGGAAAGGUGCUAUAUAAAUUAAACAUAGAUUAUUAUUAUCAGACUCACAUCAGGCAGGACAAAACUGAAGCAGUCCUGCAGACACACACACUGGAGACUGGAGACCUGAAGAGAGUCAAAGACCAGCACAAAACCAGCAUGAAGAACAAGUAUGAGAGAUUAUUUGAGGGAAUCAAAGUGCAAGAGACUUGAACCCUCCUGAACAGGAUCUACACACAGCUCUACAUCAUAGAGGGAGAGAGUGAAGGAGUGAAUGAAGAACAUGAGGUUUCACUGAUGGAGAAAACAGCCAGAACACAACACUCACAAGACACUCCAAUCUACUGCAAUGACAUCUUUAAAGCCUCACCUGAAACAGGAUGUGAGGAGAAACACCAGAUCAAGACUGUUCUUACUAAAGGCAUCGCUGGAAUUGGAAAAACCAUCUCUGUGCAGAAGUUCAUUCUGGACUGGGCCGAGGGAAAAGCCAAUCAGGAUGUAGAUUUCAUGUUUGUGCUUCCAUUUCUCGAGCUGAACUUGAUCCGAGAUCAUCAAUACAGUCUUCACAGACUUCAGCUGGACUUUAAUCCUGAACUUCAAAAUCUGGACUCAAAGAUUUAUGAGGAGUGUAAAGUUGUGUUCAUCUUUGAUGGUCUGGAUGAAAGCAGAAUCACACUUAUGUUUUUAGAUGCUCAAAAAGUUUCUGAUGUGACCGAGACUUCAUCAGUGGGUGUGUUGAUGUCAAAUCUCAUGAAAGGAGAGCUGCUUUCCUCUGCUUUCAUCUGGAUCACCUCCAGACCAGCAGCAGCCAAUCAGAUCCCCUCCGAAUACAUCAACCGUCUGACAGAGAUUCAGGGAUUCAGUGAGCCUCAGAAGGAGGAAUAUUUCAGGAAGAGAAUCAGUGACAAGCAUCAAGCCAGCAGAAUUAUCUCACACAUCAGAAGAACAAGAAGCCUCCACAUCAUGUGCCACAUACCCAUCUUCUGCUGGAUCUCAGCCACUGUGCUUCAGAAGCUCCUGAAAGAAGAUCUGAGUGCAGAAAUCCCUUAAACUCUGACUGAAAUGUA